AGGAGGAAUAUCAGCAGCUGCACAAAAUGUGUGAGGACGACACCUGCUCCUAUGCUAGCUAAUGUCAUAUGCUUGGAAUCAUACAGCAUGUAGAGUUUCAGAUUGGCUUCUUUCACUUACAAUAUCAUGGUGUCACAUAUCCAGCAGCAGCUGGCCCAGCUGGAUACUGAGUCCUGGCCGGGCAUGGCCGAGGCAGACAGGGACUGGCUGCAGCUCAUCAAGGAGAAGGAAGCCCUGCUUCAGGAGCUGCAGCUCAUCAUCCAGCAGAGAAGGCCCAGGGAGGACGUGGCGCGGCUGGAGGAAGAGCGGUGGCACCUGGAGGAGGAGAUCCAGCGAGCCUGGGCCACGUCGAUGCAGGGCGCCACAGAAAGAAUUCUACUUCAGAAAAAAAGAAACUGUCUGCAUAUCCAGUUGGAAGAAGCUACUCGAUUAAUAUCCUAUCUCCAGUCCCAGUUAAAAAGCCUGUCCGCCAGCACCCUGACGGUGUCCUCGGGGAGCAGCCGCGGCUCGCUGGCCUCCAGCCGCGGCUCGCUGGCCUCCAGCCGGGGCUCCCUGAGCUCCGUCAGCUUCACCGACAUCUACGGCCUCCCGCAGUACGAGAAGCCCGACGCCGCCGAGGGCGGCCAGCCUCUGCGCUUCGACCUGGUCCCCUUCGACUCCCUGGGCCGGGACGCCCCCUUCACCGAGCCCCCGGGCCCCUCCGGCUUCCACAAACAGAGGCGCUCCCUGGACACGCCCCAGUCCCUGGCGUCCCUGUCCUCCCGCUCCUCCCUGUCCUCGCUGUCCCCGCCCAGCUCGCCCUUGGACACGCCCUUCCUCCCCGCCUCGCGCGACGCGCCCUCGGCCCCGCUGGGGGACGGCGGCUUCGAGGUGCCGGGACUGGGCGCCCUGGACCGGCUGCGGGCUCAGGCGUCCGCUCCGGGGGACGAAGACCUGCCGGCCACGGCGGCCCUGCAGCCGCACGGGUUCCCCGGGGACGGGGAAGGACCUCGCGAGCGAGGACCCCCAGCGGCUGCGGCUCCCACGGGUGCAAUAGUGACUUUUCGAGAAGACAGCGCCAAGAGGCUGGAGCGGAGGGCGCGCCGCGUUUCUGCAUGUGUGUCGGAUUACUUGCUGGCCUGCGACAACAGGGUGUUUGAACCCCCCACCAAAAAGAGUGAAGAUGCUGACGAGCCUGCGCAUGGGGACGCUGGCGGGAAGGAGGGGCCCCGCAUCCACGUGGGACUUUUGCUCGACAGUGCCAGCGAGUGCCUCCUGGUCAAAGUGCUGCAGCUGCAGAACUUCGCGGGGCGGGUGCUGAGGGAGGACUGCAGAGUACACAUCCGGGUCUAUCUGCCACCGCUUGACUCCAGCACGCCAAACACUUACUGCUCUAAGGCUCUGGAAUCCCAAGGCCCCCUUGUAUUUAAUGAAGUUUUCAGAAUCCCUGUGCAUUCGAGCAUGCUGAUGUUGAAGUCCCUUCAGUUGUAUGUGUGCUCAGUGAAUCAGCCGCUGCAGGAAGAACUGCUGGGCAUCGCUGAGAUUAACCUGGCCGACUACGACGGUUCGGACGAGAUGCAGCUGCACUGGUACUCCGUCCAGGUGUUCCCUGGCCCCGCGCUGCCCCGGCGGGAGGACAAGCGGCCAGGAGAUGGUGCCUCCCGGGACCCCGUGCCCACUGCCUCGGGGAAGAAGGAUGCGGUGACAGUGUUGCUGGCUAGAACCACAGCCCAGCUGCAGGCAGUGGAGAGGGAGCUGGCCGAGGAGCGAGUCAAGCUGGAGUACACAGAGGAGGAGAUCCUGGAGAUGGAGCGGAAGGAGGAGCAGACCGAGGCUGUGUCCGAGUGGAGUUGGCAAGCCAACUCGGUGGAUAGUGGCUGCAGCAGCUGUGCCCAGACCAGCCCCCCACACCCAGAGCCCUGCUGCGUUGGCAUCGACUCCAUCCACAGACAGACGUUUGCGGGCCAGGCGGAUCCUUACAGCCCCGAGAAACUUCGGCCCCCAACUAUUAAGCCCUGCAGGUCCUUGGUGGUUGAGCUAGUGGCCCGCACGUCCCGGGACCUGGAACUGGACCUCCAGGCGUUGCGGACGCGGCAGUGGCAGCUGAACAAGGAGCUGGGCGCCCUGUGCGAGCUGUGCCAGCGCCUGGAGGACGCUCAGCUGCAAGGCCACACCGACCUCCCGGCCUGGGUGCUGCGGGACGAGCGCUUCCGGAGCCUGCUGCAGGAGGCCGAGAGGCAGACAAGACAGACCAAACGUGACUUCCAUCAAGAGCAGGCAGCCGAGAAGAUGCUGAAGAAGGCCUCCAAAGGGGUGUGCCAGCUGCGCGGGCAGAACCUCAAGGAGCCCAUCCAAGUGCAGACGUUCAGGCUCCUCCUGAGCACCCCCAACCUGCAUUGGGACCAGGCCUCCCCCGCCUUGCUGAGACACUUUUCACCUGAAGCCACCAGCUCCUUGCCCUCUCUGUUGUCAAACGUCUGUCCCCAGUGCAGUCCUUGGGCUCCCGCGCCCGCGGGGCCGUGGGAGGUGAGGCCCCAGGAUGCCAUGGUGGCUGCUGUUGCUGCCGCUGCUGCUGCGUGUCCCCGUUGCUCAGCUCCUGGAGAAUCUCUGAGGCGCACAUGGCCAACACCCUCACGAGGGGCUCCGUUGGCCGGUCGGCCGGCCACCCCCACCCGACCACUAGUGGAGCUGUUCGGAGUCCGCCCGGCCUGCGGCUGCUCAUCCUUCACCCCGGGGGCGCCCUCACAGGGUUGGCACGGUUGUGCCCUCCCCAGAGCUUCGCAGGCGGUCGCAGAAGGUCCUAGAGCAUCGACUGCAUCAUUCUGCCGGGUCCGUCAAUGCCCGCUUGACAGGGGUGAAUGCUCCAGACGUGGGCAGCCGCUCUCCUUCGAAAACGCGGUCUCCGGCAGGACGGCGAGGGCAAAAGAGGACAGGGGCAGUGACGUCGGUGUGGUUCCAGCUUCGGCUUUGCCUCCCACAGUCCGCGCGGUUACUGCUUCAGAGGCAGCCUGAGACCGCUUCUCCUGAUUUGCAAAUAUUUUAUCCCACUCUAGAAAUUGCCGUUUUCCUUUUUUUUUUUUUUUUUGUAUAAUGUUCCUAGGAAGCCUUCCCCCAAAUGUUCAAUUU